GUUGUACCUUGCUAUCAACCUUCUCCCAAUGCUCCCAAUGUUACCUGACCGCCCCCCGCCGUAGAACUGUCAUCGCAAAGAAGUCCACUAAGCAUUGAUCACUAUUAUCAUUCGGUCGUCUUUCUAUCGCUGUGUGUAUUAGUUGUCGUCGUUAUCCGGUAGUCGCAGCAGUCGUAGCAGCAGCAGUGAAAUCGCCGAGACUAGGAACAACACCCCUCGACUGACGACGUUCGUCAGCAUCAGCAGCAAUAGCAAAGAGUGAACUAUAGUGAGUGACGAACGCAGACUGGCACCAAACGACAGGCGGAUUGAGAGCAACGAAACGGAUCAACGUUUCACGACGUACUUACGUCAGUCAGCGACUGCUCAGCGUCAACAACUGUCAACGACUGCGAGUCUAGCCAGCUAGCCGUCCAUUCAGGCAACCCCCUACAAGCAGGCGUUGACAGCCGAAACUAUACAAGAACGAAUUGCAGGAAGAGGACUAAGACGAAUUUCGUGAACAAACAGUGCUGCGAAACUGCUGGAACAUUGCAAGCAACCGAGUAUCCGAUCGUUCAGCAGUUAUCACCAUGGCCACCCUCAACCCCGAGUACGACUACCUCUUCAAACUGCUUCUGAUCGGUGACUCCGGAGUCGGCAAGUCAUGUCUAUUACUUCGUUUCGCCGAUGACACCUAUACAGAAUCGUACAUUUCAACAAUUGGAGUGGAUUUCAAAAUUCGAACCAUUGAGCUUGAUGGUAAGGUCAUCAAGCUACAAAUCUGGGACACAGCUGGUCAGGAACGGUUCCGUACAAUCACCUCGUCGUAUUAUCGUGGAGCACAUGGGAUUAUUGUUGCGUACGACGUAACUGACCAGGAAUCGUUCAACAACGUCAAACAGUGGCUUCAGGAGAUUGAUCGCUAUGCCUGCGAGAACGUAAAUAAGCUUCUUGUCGGAAAUAAAUGCGACCUCACCACAAAAAAGGUUGUCGACCACUCGACCGCGGCCGAAUUCGCCAAGCAGCUUGAUAUCCCAUUUCUCGAAACGUCAGCCAAGGACUCAACCAACGUUGAGCAGGCAUUCAAGAAGAUGGCCGAGGACAUCAUGGCUCGCAUGGGUCCCGCCAGCAGCGAGCAAAUGCGAGCCGCUGGUGAAGGAAGGAUCAACCCGUCAACGCCCGUCAAACCAAACCAGGGCGGCGGAUGUUGUUAAGAUGGUAUCCCAAGGUGCUCUAUCGAUUUAGGAAUUGCGCAAAUAUGUUUUCUUCGCCGCUGCAGAGAAAGACAACAACAGCAACAAUAUACAAAAAAAGACAACAACAAUAAAAAUACCAAGAAAAAUCCCCAUCAGCUAUCUCUUCUGCCGCUGCUAUAACUACUAUUACAAGAAUGACAACAAAUUAAGACGAUGUAACGUAACGAGAUCGGAGGUAACCACGUCAGCUCAGAGACUCAGAUAAAAAAAAAAAAUAGGAGAAACCAAUUAUUGCUGACUAUACCUGUGUCUGUAGAGGAGAAAAGGUUGUUGCGCGUCAAUCUGUGCAAUUGUCCCGCCGUAACACGUCCCGUCGUGCGGCUGUCUCUGGUAUGGCCGACUCGAAGGUUGGGCUCGUUUGUUUGCCAGUGUCGCCGCUAUUAUUACAGUUACUAUUAGACUAAGAAUACGAACUAAUCAUUCAUCAAGCAGCCAGCAGUAAACAGUAGACAGCCAACUUCGCUCACCAGUUACCCACACCAUUUGUACUUGUUCUAUACCUGUCGCAAGUAACAGUAGUAAUAAUAAGAAUAAUUCUAAAAUAAGUAAUUAUAAUAAAGAAAAACAACAGAAGUAAAUGAACCGACUCAGCACCGAGCAUCAUCCCGUUUCGUGGUGAAAUAUAUUGCAGGAGUAUGAACAACGUUCAUAGGCGAAGAGAUUCUUAUAAAUACUAAAUAUACAUAUAUAAUCCACAUACGGUCGAUAUAACAAUCAGAAACGAGUGUAAGGUGGAGAGAGGAAAAGGAGCGGUUAAGCACAGGAGAGCGAGAGCAAAAAAUCAUCGAGAGUUUUCAAGUUAUAGACACUGAUGUGAGUGUAGGUGAAGACUAUAUAUAUAUAUAUAUAUAUAUAUAUAUAUAAUGUUACACUUACCACUUCAUUAUUUGAUUAUCCGUUGAUAAGAGCUAACAGUGUCAAGUGACAAAGAAAUUUCUGUGCUAAAGACAAACGAGUUCAAAUAGGCAAAAAACACGUUGUUUAAUGGCGUUGGCCUUUAAGCGGAUGUGUGCCCUAUUUCUAUUACAGAAAGAAAGAAGCGAUACAGUAAUUUGUACCUUCCCGUAAAACACUGACACAAGUACAUGCACGCACGGGUAUCCAUGGUUAAUCGCAAUUCUUUGCUUUUUUACAAUAUUGCCCUCAGUCGAACCAGAUCACCCUACAAGUCGAUGAAUAUGUCCUAAUAUCCUUCUACAUGAAUACGUUCAAGCAAAGAAGUAUAACGUUGUCGCUGCUUGUCUGUGUACUCGACUGUUUAUCCCUUCCAGCUACUGCUACUAAUGGUUAUUCAAUUGCGUCAUGUUGUCAUCAAAAUGUUAAUCGUAGGCAUGUGAUGCUCAUUCUGAAAUCUUUACGAAUUCCUUCCUAUUGAAAGAAGUGACUAGCGAAAACGCAUGGAGUGCUUAUGGUAGACGGCACAUGCAUACCCAUACCCAUAAAUAGAGUGGCGGCGAUUCUGGAAGCGGCUCAACGAUAGCAGUAAAAAUAAUUAAAAUAAACGCAGUAGAAUCGCAGUCAGUUGGCCAAGGCAAUUUCUAAUAGGCAGGCAAAUCCAUGAAAUAAGGUGAAGUCUGUUCACGGACAAUGAAACCUCCUGUGCGUCUGCAUUGAAAACCUUUUCCACCACUUCGCUUCCUGCUUGGCGAUUAGCACCGUACCGGUGAUGUUUGCGUUUCCUGCCAUAAGAUGGUAUGAUUGAGAUGAACUUUGACGUGAAGUUUUUGUAGGGAUUUUUUUUGGAAGUUUUAGGAAAUCGUGUGGUAAAUAGUUAUUGCCAAUCAUUGAGCAGUUGCACGGAUAUAUCGGUGGUGGAUGAUUUUUCGGUGGCGCAGUCGCGAUAAGUGUUGAGCGAAGCUGCAUAUUAAUAGAUUUAGAUAAAUUAAUGAGAGACAUAGCACAGUACAUGAACACACACGCGCACAAACACACAACCCGGCAAAACGUACGAGAACUGCAGCGGCGAAUAAUGAUCGUUUGCGGAAAAACGAAGAAGUGAAUAGGUUUACGAUAUGUGGCGGUGGCUUGAUCAACUUAGCCUGCUAUAGGACCGCGGGCAAUUUGGCUGCUGACACGUUUCGCGCGUUCUGCUACUAGGGCCAAUGAAGUGCCACACAAGACAGUCGAAGCGUGAAAUAUGAGGUCUUGAGUUCUGAGCUGCUGCGGACUACAGUUUUAUAGACAAGCUACGUUACGUGCUAAAGACAGCAAUGACGACAACCCUGGCAACAGCAACUAAUGAAAGAAAAAAUAUCACAUGAACCAUAUAGACCCAUAUAUAAAUGCAACGGGAAAAGUCCGAACGAGCGAAAAUAACACACAUGGGUAAGCGAGAAAGUAGAAAGGGGCGCGAGUACGAGACAUAGCGAGAAAGAAAGAUGAGGAUAAAAGAUAUAUAUAUAUAUAUACAUAGUGGUAAUAAUUAUGAUAAUAAAAUAAGCUUGAUGAAACUGAUGAGAUGGUGGAGAUAUAAUUAUGAGAUAAAAGCGCGAUGAAAAAUAGGCAGAUUAUAAUGGUGAUUAUGGUGGUAACUGACCAAUAUCUCUUUAUAUAUAUAUAUAUAUAUAUAUAUAUAGGCGUGGUGAGAAGGCGAGGAUGGUGAGACAGGAAUAAAAGGAAAUGAUGAAAAGCUGAUGCUAACACUGGCAUACCAUAAGGACAGGAAAUACUGAUAAUAAAGGAAUGAUGUGGAGGUAUAAGGUGUACUAGGAUAGCAGAAAAAAUCACACGCGAAAGCGAAAGUUCGUAGAAAUAAAAAUAAUCAACGAAGACGAGAAAUUUAUCAAACGCAGUGGAUACAAGCGGUGUGUAGUGAUCGAGAUUAAUUAUAACAACACAAAUAAUGAUAAUAUAAAAACAACGACAGCAAAAAAAAAAAGAAAAAAGGUAAACUACGAGAAAACGAUUUCCAGAGAAAAUUCGCAUCGUGUAUAUGUAAUUAAUGCUAUCACUAAUAAUCAAAUGGUAGGAGCGCUAUGGUAACAUCAUCGGUGCUAUUUUUGCCGACGAUAAUAGCAGCCAGACAAAAGUUGAAGAUCGUUGUGCACACACAGACGUAGAAAAUACAGACCGAAAAAAAGAAGUGAGAAGAGAAGCCGAGAUCCAAAAUGGAUUAAAAUGACGGAUUUCGAUUUAUUGAUCGACUUGAUGCCGGUGGCCUAAUGCCCUGCAAUGCAUCGGAAUGAAAUGAAUGCAAGAAGAAGUUAAUGAGGGAGCGGAGGCUCCUCGAUGGUAAUUGAGGACAACACGACCAUAAUGGUGACCAUCUGAGCAGAUGUGCAUGAUGACGAGGUUGAUAAGAGAAACGAUAUGAUGAUAAUUAAAACUGACAACAACAAAUAAAUUAACACCACAUUCUAAGUUAUGCAUCAUUUUUGAAA